GAGAGAGGAACGUAGGAAGCAAUGCACGUCGGUCGGCCUUACUAAAUGCUGUUGUCAACCAAUUCCCUUUCCUUCCCACCAUCUAGGAAUCGGGCUGGCACUGGUAGCUGCAGUGAAAGGUUACCGCUGCAUCAUUGUCUUGCCGGAGAAAAUAAGCAUGGAGAAGGUCGAUAUUCUGAAGGCGCUGGGUGUUCAAAUUGUGAGGACCCCGUGCACUCGCUUUGACGCCUUGGAGUCUAACAUUCGUGUUGCCUGGAAGCUGAAGAGUGAAAUCCCAAACUCUCACAUCCUGGACCAGUACCGAAAUCCAAGCAACCCCCUGGCUCAUUACGACACCACAGCUGAGGAGAUCCUGGAGCAAUGUGAAGGUAAGAUCCACAUGGUGGUGAUUGGGUCUGGCACAGGAGGCACCGUCACUGGCGUCGCCAGGAAGCUGAAGGAAAAGUGCCCGGAAUGCAAGAUCAUUGGUGUAGAUCCAGAUGGCUCCAUCGUCGCUCUGCCCAGUGAGAUGAACAGGACGACCACCACAACCAUCGAGGUGGAAGGCAUUGGGCAUGACUUCAUUCCUACUGUCCUUGACAGAUCAGUGGUUGAUCAGUGGUACAAAUGCAACGACAGAGACUCGUUCCUCAUGUCUCGCAGGCUGAUCAGAGAGGAGGGAUUAUUGUGUGGUGGCAGCUCGGGCAGUGCCAUGUCCGUCGCCGUGCGGGCUGCCAAGGACCUGAAGGAAGGUCAGCGCUGCGUUGUCAUCCUGCCUGACUCCGUCAGGAACUACAUGUCCAAAUUUUUGAAUGAUAAAUGGAUGAUAAAAAAUGGUUUCCUAAAUGACGUCCAGGAGCACAAGCCUUGGUGGUGGAACAUCAAGGUGCAGAAACUGAAUCUCUCAGCCUCUCUCAUUCUCCUCCCGGAAGUCAGCUGUCAAAAGGCAAUUGAGAUCCUCCAGGAGAAGGGAUAUGACCAAGCUCCUGUUGUUGCCGAGUCAGGGCUUAUUUUGGGAAUGGUGACCCUCAGCAACACCCUCACCUCUGUGCUGGCUGGAAACGCACAGUUCUCAGACCCCAUUACGAAGGUCAUCUACAACCAGUUCUCAAAGAUUGGCCUGGAGGACAGCCUCGGGAAGCUUUCCUGCAUCUUGGAGAACAACCAUUUUGCUAUUGUUGUACACGAGCAAAUGCAGUUCAAUGGAAACGGCAGUUCCUUCAUGAAGCAGAUGGUGUUUGGUGUGGUCACCUCAAUGGACCUCCUCACCUUUGUCAGCAGAAACGACAAGAAGUAG